AUGCCUGUCGAUGAUGUUGAGCUUUCGGCAGUUAUUGGGGAUGCGGAUUACCCGAUAGCUCUUCAAAAUAUCCUGCAAGCUGCGGACCUGGUCUGGGCGAUGGCUGUCGACGUUACUAUGCAAGACUUUCCAUCUUCAAUCCGCGUUCAACCACCAAGAUGGCAGUAUGAGGCCAUAUUCUUUGAAAGGCACUCAAGUCCUCUGUUUUUGUAA